AUGGAUUGUUGUUUAAACUCGGGUUGGAGUUGGAUUGUUUUUGUUGGAAGUGCUUUGGUUAAUACUUACUUGAAAUUUGGAUUGGUGGUGGAUGCACAUGAGGUGUUUGAGGAAUUGCCUGUUAGAGAUGUUGUGCUUUGGAAUUCAAUGGUUAAUGGGUAUGCGCAUAUUGGAUGCUUUGAAGAGGCCUUGUGGAUGUUUAGGAGGACGGAGGAGAAUGGGAUGAUUCCUUGUAAAUAUGCAGUUACUGGUGUUUUGUCUAUAUAUUAUGUGAUAGGAGAUUUUGACAAUGGACAAGUUGUUCAUGGGUUUGUUACAAAAAUUGGUUAUGGCUCUAGUGUUGUUGUUUCGAAUGCACUGAUUGAUAUGCAUGCAAAAUGCGGAAAUAUGAGAGAUGCUCGGAUGGUUUUUGAUAUUAUGAUAGAGAAAGAUGUGGCCUCAUGGAACAUCAUGAUCACGGGUUAUGGAAUGCAUGGUUAUGGUGAUGAGGCAUUAGACAUAUUUUCUCGUAUGUGUCAAGCUCAAUUGCCAUGCUGGCAUGGUGAAGGAAUGGCAUAUAGAGAUGUUGUUACUUGGAACUCAACAAUUACAGCUACAAAAAUUAAGGAUUAUAAUAGGCAUCUAAUACAAACAACCAUAAAUUACAAAUUUGAGGCACUAAAGCUAAUCACCGGCAUUUUAAAACUUUCCGCUGGCAUAUCAACAGAGCAUAUGAUACCGUCAAAAGUGACGGAAUACGGUUCAAAUGGAAGAACCGUUCCUUCCUUCUUUCCAUGGUUGGACUAUGCAACAAAAUAUCCUCUUUCUGAACUCUUUAAAGCAAGACCACCUUUAUGGAACACGGCGUUGCAAAGCGAGUCUUUUGAUGAUGACGAGCUUGAACACUUUGAAGAUGUUAUAAAAGAGACUGAUAAAGAACUUGUAACCGUAUCAGAUAAAAGUGAAGAACCUGUAACCGUAUCAGAUAAAAGCGAUGAACCUGUAAUUGCAUCUGAUAAAAAAGGGGGAUGA